AACAAACCCUCUUCUUUUUCUCCCGCAGUUCAACUUCGUCGGCAAGCUCCUCGGUCCGAAGGGAAACUCCAUGAAACGCCUUCAAGAGGAAACCAUGACCAAGAUGGCGGUUCUCGGACGCGGUUCGAUGAGGGACAAACAGAAGGAGGAGGAGCUGCGUGCCUCGGGCGACCCCAAGUACGUGCACCUGACGGAGGACCUCCACGUGGAGAUCACCGCCUUCGCGUCCCCGGCGGAGGCCCACGCCCGCAUCGCCUACGCCCUGGCGGAGGUGCGCCGCUACCUAGUCCCCGAUAACAACGACGACAUCCGCAAGGAGCAGAUAAGAGAGAUGGAGCUGAUAAGCGACCCACAGGCGGCCGGGGGAGCCACGGCAACUAGC